CUGGCGUCUCCUGGCCUGCGCAUGCGCGCUUGUUCCGGGUGCCUUGAAGACCUGGCGGAGCUCGGCGUGGAUGGAGGCCUGAGGGCGGCGGGGGCGGAGCGCGCCACGAACUGGGGGCAUGUCCGCGGUGGGCGCCGUCUAGAGGAAGGCCGAGCAGCCGCCACCCCGCCUUCAGUCGCGGCGAGACGCAAUGGAGCGAGAGCACUUCUGGAAGAUCAUUAAUGCUUUCCGCUACUACGGCACCAGUAUGCAUGAGCGAGUGAGCCGAACAGAAAGACAGUUUCGAUCACUUCCAGCUAAUCAGCAGAAGCUACUUCCUCAGUUUCUUCUUCACUUGGACAAGAUCCGGAAAUGCAUUGAUCAUAAUCAAGAAAUACUACUGACCAUUGUGAAUGAUUGCAUCCAUAUGUUUGAAAAUAAAGAAUAUGGAGAAGAUGGGAAUGGGAAGAUUAUGCCAGCAUCUACAUUUGAUAUGGAUAAGUUAAAAUCCACGUUGAAACAGUUUGUGAGAGACUGGAGUGAAACUGGGAAAGCCGAAAGGGAUGCCUGCUACCAGCCAAUUAUUAAAGAAAUUUUAAAAAAUUUUCCAAAAGAGAGAUGGGAUCCUUCUAAAGUAAAUAUUCUGGUACCUGGUGCUGGACUAGGAAGACUGGCCUGGGAAAUAGCUAUGCUAGGUUAUGCUUGUCAAGGAAAUGAAUGGAGUUUUUUUAUGCUCUUUUCUUCCAACUUUGUACUCAACAGAUGUUCUGAAAUUAAUAAAUACAAACUUUAUCCUUGGAUCCAUCAGUUUAGCAAUAACCGGAGAUCUGCUGAUCAAAUUCGACCCAUCUUUUUCCCUGAUGUUGACCCUCACAGUCUUCCUCCUGGUUCUAACUUUUCUAUGACAGCAGGAGAUUUUCAGGAGAUUUAUUCAGAAUGCAAUACCUGGGAUUGUAUUGCUACCUGUUUCUUCAUAGACACGGCUCACAAUGUAAUUGAUUACAUUGAUACAAUAUGGAAAAUACUCAAGCCAGGUGGAAUUUGGAUAAAUCUAGGUCCUCUCUUGUACCACUUUGAAAAUUUGGCAAAUGAACUUUCCAUAGAGCUGAGCUAUGAGGAUAUAAAAAAUGUCGUUUUGCAGUAUGGAUUCCAGGUAGAGGUGGAAAAGGAAUCUGUCUUGUCAACGUAUACUGUGAAUGAUCUCUCUAUGAUGAAAUACUAUUAUGAAUGUGUCUUGUUUGUGGUCCGUAAACCACAAUAACAAUCUCAAGUGACAUCACCCAGGAAAAAAGUUUAAUAAGAGCAAUUGCUGAAAUAAACAACUCAAAGUCAACUAUCAGUGAUGACAGGACAUAACCUCAAAUCAGUGGUGCCUUCUUAUUCCUAACAAAUUUAGAAAUAGUGUCUAUUUUCUUAAUGUCUAUUGCUUUUUCAGAAAUAUACUAUGCCAUGCAGAUUUGUACUAAACAAGUAAAAAUGGAGGAAAUGUCUUCAAAUAUACUUUUGCUUGAAGCUGAGAAUUGUCUUUCAGAAGAAAAACCCUAAUCUCCAGUGUCUUCAUGAAGCUGUCCGUUGCAAGUCUGCCAUGUUAACGACUAAUAGUAUUGAAGUCCAUAAUAAUGUCCUUUUCUGUUAUUUUGUAUGCAUUGCACAUAAUAUUUUUCAAGAGUCUAAGGAUCCUCUGUCACAUUCAACAUCUGGAAUUGGGAUUUCUAUUCACUUUUAGACCUACGCAAUCUAUACAUAAAUGUUUCUGUCUUUUUAUCAUUCAAAUUAUUUUAUUAUUUUUUUGCCCUAGCUCAGCCAAACUUAAAGAAGCAUAAAACAUUUCAUUUUUAUGAAAUUCUAAAUUUAAUAGUAUUAGGGCCAUUCAGAUCAUUCAGGUAACUGAGAAAUUAAUGUCUUUGGGCAACACUAAACUGAACACUUUACGAAAGGAUAUUCAUCAUGGAUCACUUUGAAAUUAUGAGAUCUCAGCAUUCUAAGGGAGGCACAAAAGCCUUUAUUAAACGUAAUGCUAGGAAAUGGAAAAUAAUCAGAUUUGUCCAUUAGAAAUGUAUGAUUUCAAACUUUAAACAAAUAUAGUUACUCAGUGCGAUGUUUACAAUAAUGUCUUUUCUUUAGAUUAUCUGAAUUAUGAAAGCAAGCACUUUUUUUCUCAUUAAAACAAAUACAUACUAAUAAAAACUGUCAUAAUGGUAUUAAUGUGGGACAUUUUGGAUACGAAAUUCAGGGAUAAAUUACUGCCAGUGGUCUGUGUCUUCAAUAUUGUAAGCAGCAGCCAUUAAUGUAAUUUCCGAUUAACAGUAGUUUUGUUCCCUGAUAGAUGGAGCUUAAUCAGUACACGCUGCUUUAAAUUUCUACCUCUAGCUGACCUUUAUUGGAGGGAGUUUUCCUCUGUAUUUUUUAUGGAUAUUAUUCUGUUUCCAGUAGCUUGGAAAGUAGAAGUGACUAAUGUUUUAACCUUUUCUUGGAGAAAAGGAGGAACAUCUGUUGAAUUUUUUCACAGCUGAUUAUUAUUACUUUAAAUGACCUCUGUGGCCAUUUUGAUUACGUGAAUUUAAUCUCAGAAAUAUGUAGGCAGCACAUUUUAAUAGUAAACUUACUUGUAAAUCUUUAGCCCUUUGUUGUCACUUAGGCUGGGGGAGUCACUACCCAUUUUGGCAUGGUGGUGAAGGGACCUUUUCUAAACACAAUGAGGAGCCCUUGUGACCUUUACUCUGUGCAGUAGAGGACACCAUGGAGCUCAUUCGACUUGUCCAGUUUGGUAAACUCCUAAGCUGUUGAGUUAAAAGAAACACAGCUAUUUCUUUUUUGUGUUCCACAAGACUUAGCAGAUACUCAUCUUGUGGGACUCUCAUUACCUAUAUGAAUGAACUUGAAAUUAAUUGCAAGAGGAAACCACCCUACCCUACCCCCAAGAAAAUUUUUAAGGGAAAAAAAUAACAAAACAUAAAAGGAGUAUCAGUAUUUUUAAAAAUCAGUUGAACAGAAAGCAAUGCAUGUUGUUUUUGAGUAUUAGAAAUGCUUUUUAUUCUCUGACUAAUAUUCAUUUUUGUACAACUUCAUUACAAGCAAAUGACUUUUUUUUUUCCUAUUCAGAGACAACAGUGCUGGUGAGUUGGCUUUGGUACUUAAAAUUUGCUUUUGCUAUCAGGUUUCAUUCUUUAAUAAUGUUACUCAUGUUUUUAAAUUAUAGUAUACAUUGUAGUUAAUUAUGAAAUCAGUUAGUUCAUUCGUUUUUAGUUUUUCCCUUACAUCAUGGAUAUUUUUUAAAUGUUCUACACAAAUGUGCAUCACUUUUUUUAUGACUUUUUCAGUUAAUUUAUUAAACUUGAAAAUGUGGAAUAUCAAUCAAUAUAGAAGUAUCACUGGAGGAUUUAUUUAACUUUGUUUUUCUUUUGUUUAGUCCUAGCUACUAAAGUAUGUAAGCCUUAAAAUUUUAAUUUUUUUCCUUAAAUUAGUGUUAUACACAAAUGUUUUCAUUCAUUUUCAUAAAGUGACAGGAGAUAGGUCAUUGUGCUUGCUUUUUUUUUCGAUUUCUAUAUUCUGAAGUGAUGCAGAUCUAGGGUAUCUUAAUCAAGUGAGCAAGGUGGGACAUGUAAAAUAUAAAGAAUAGCUGUAUAAAUCACAGUGUACAAUUAUGAAGUUUGGGGACUGUAAAAUGUACUGUAUUUAUAUGUAACUCUCAUUCUUAAAGUUGCCACAAAGGCUGGAAGAUUCAUGUCUGCAUGAAAUUUCCUAUUAUAUUUUUAAUGUGUAUGAUGGACUUAACUUUUCUUGAAUAUUAAAAUCUGCCAAUUGCUAUGAAA